AUGACUGAAAUAAUAGAAAGUGCUCUUUUAGGAAAAUUAAAUUGUGAUUUAUUAAUUAAGUGGCUAAAUGAUGAGUCUUUAGAGGGCGCGCCAGAAGACUGUAUAUUAUUUUGCUGCACAAGAAACGAAUUUGUUGCAUAUUUUCUCUCUUUUAUAAGAAACCAGACUAAUGGAAUUUUAAAUACAAACAGCAGUGCUGUACAAAUACUGAAUCGAACACAAGAGAAAUUAUCCGUAAGACGUAAACAUCAUCGGUCAAUCAGCGAUCCUGGCAACGAAAAUGACCAAUCAGAUAGUAAGCCUGAUAGGAAAACGCAAGAAUCACCAAACCAUAACAAAAAGCCAGGUCGGAGAGUCAAAACAAAAUUAUUCACAGACGAAAAGCCAAAUCAGUCCAUUUCUGUGUCUUCCGAUGAAUCCAGGUUAAGUGUUGGUGUUGAAAGAAUUAUGAUAUCCAGUACACCAAUGAAAAAUGGAUUACGUCCUGACUUUAUGGCCAGUCCUGUAACCCCAACAUCUAAGAGUUUCAGUGAAAGGUGUGAUACACCACGUUUGAGUAGACAUUCAAGGUCACAGGAUAAAAGUAUUAGCUUAGGUGACUUCAUAGUAACUGUCCAACCCAAAAGCUCCAAAAAGAAAAGAUCUAGUAAAAAUGCUUCACAUGAAGAAAUCGAACCAAAAUUAGAUUUCAGCAACUCCGAAAUAUUCCCAGAAAUUGGUGCAAGGAAAUCCAGUUCAUUGCGUUCAGAACGACGUAGAAUCAAACCAACUAAUAUCGAUAAAAGCACCUCCUUAAAUAAUUUCACGGAUGCUUUUCAGCAGCCAACUUUAGGUCACGAAGAAAAUUUAGCAUUUAAACAAAAAGUACAGCUCAAAGAUCCCUCUAAAAAUUUUGACGCCGAAAGAAACAUUCUAAGACAAGAAAGACAUAAAUUAAUGGAAAAGUUUAACAUAUUAACCACAAAUGUGGCACCUAAAGCGCCCCCACAGAUUAAAAUACUACAAAAGGAAGAGAAAGUACAGAGUUUCAUCGAUGCGGAUGUGAACAAAAUAGUUUUAAGGGAGAAAGUUGACAUUUUAAUAGAAAUAUAUGACGUUCUGAUGAAAAACAAUCUCAUAUUGAGUGUAAAUACAGAGGUAUAUUAUUUGAUAACGAUUUUGCUGUCAAAACAGGACGAAGAAGACUUUAAAAAGUAUGAAUCUCAAUUUAAAGAAAUGAAUAUUUUGAAAAUUAUACAUAAUAGCACAUACUUCGCUGUAAAAUCUUUGUGGAAUUUGCGGUCUAUUUUAGAAGUUAUUUUGGAUAAGAACGCCUUAAAAACUUUGGGUGAAAACAAGAAGGUGCGAGGGUUCUUCCCAGAUCUGGCAAAGUUUCUGUUGAACGCGUACGGCUUGAAAUGCGAAGCCGACACACAAAAGAGGCCACCGCAAGAAGGCCGAAUAUCUAACGGAAUAGUCUGCUUUAAUUUGGACACGGAUAAUGCCGAUAACUUCCCUUCAUUGCUGAGCUUUCAGAAUUUUAAGAAACAGAGGGAUAUGUUUUAUGAGAUUUUAAGGUGGUACCAAGAUACACAGACCAAUGGCGGGUCUAGAACGAGUUUCAGAGCUCGCAUUAAAUCGCUGUUGUCUUGCGGCCCCUGCGCAGCGAAUCACGCGCAUCUUGCUGCUCUCUUCGUGCACAUGCUGGCGGAAUGUUUGCCGCCCAAUGAGCAGGAGUCGAAGCUGAGCAAGCUCCAAAGAAGGCUUACCUGUCCUAAUGCGCCGGAGUCACAUAGACUGCCCCAUUUCACAGACAAGGAAAUGUUCUACAAAGAGUUUAUUAUGCAAGCUGAGAACGAGUGCUUUCGCGUGCACUUGAAAGAUGCUCUGGCCUCGGAAAUCAUCUCUCUCGACUCCAAGCCCAUCGGGAAUGAGACUUCUAACGGUUCAGACAGCAAACGCGAAUACCUGUCUCUCUCUAAAAAGCUUGGACUGUUCGCCAAAUUCCUGGGGUUGAUGGUCUCCUUACCGUACUCCUUGGACAUGACUGGCAAAACCACACCCCACAUAGAACCUUACACAACGCCCAAGGAGAAGGUUCUAGAAAAUAACUUGGCUUCCAGGAACUAUAGCCAACCCACUGUGGACCUCAUCGGCCUUCUGACGACCGCCAUCGAGAACAACCGCACUUGCAUAACCUUACCGUGGCUCGUCCACUAUCUAUCUAUGCUCGACUACACAACGCUGAGACUAAACUAUUACCAGAGAUUGAUCAAAAUAGUCUUUCACAUACACGACAAAACGACUAAUUUCAAAAAGACAACGAGCAUCUUUCUACAAUCGAUUCUUGGCUGGCUAUUCGAUUUGCCCCAUUUCCCUCGCGAAUUGUCAUCGGAGAAGGCGAAAAUUGAUUUUAAAAUCGACGUCGAUACGAUCGAUUCGAAUGAAGUUAUCGAUGAGUCGGUGCUGUUCGAGUUGUGUCCGUUUCUGAGGGAUAUCAAUGUUCUGUUGACCUGCAAGGCGUCCGAGGGCGAUAUCGGCACGUUUAGACAUAUUACGCCGAUCAGCUUGACUGUAAAUACCGAAGAUAGGAUUAGGAAUAAGGAGCGAGAGUUGCAGGCCCGCCUAGAAGAGGAAUUCCUCAAAUCGCAACCAUCUUCGACGCGUCGGGUUCUGGAAUUGGUGAUAGAGAGGGUGACCUCGAGCGCAGUCAAGGAGCUGACGACGAAUGCGCUGGUGGACGCCAGGAAGAGGUGCAGCGAAAUGGCUUUCAGACUUGUCAGUAAGUCUAAAGAUAAGGGCAAGACUACCCUCCUGCCAGCAUUAGAACAGUUAUACACAGAACAGCUAGAGCACUUACGAAAGACAUCUCUAGAGCAGUCCCGGGCUUGUAUGAAGUCGCGGGUCUCGUCCGCUUUGAGCGCGCUCUUGCCGUCCGCUGUCGCCCCGCUACACGCUCCGCUCGUCGCUUUCGCCAGUAAGGCGUGCAACGCGAAACUUGUCAAGUGGAUGACUGAACAUUGGAAUAAUACAGCGAUUCUUUGUAAAAAUAUAAGUGCCGAGUUAAACACACUGCUAACUUUGGGCGACAAUUUCCAAAUUCAACCGAAUGAUAAGCCGACUUCGAUGGAAUGCAAGACGUUUGACAGUCCAGCUUUCGCUAUUAUCUCCCUCAAGGAGCACAUAUGUCAGCUACUAGAUUACGAGGAGGUGGAGAAUAAGGUGUUCCCAAUUUUGGAGAUGUGUACCAGCUGCACCAGCGGGAACCCAUUUUGUAGACCUCCCGCUCAGAAGGCCAUUUUGCAACUGAGCGUUGACUACUGCCUUGUGUUUGUGAGUAGAAGACCCGAUCAACUUAACGAGACAAUGUUGUCAGCCUUGGACGCGAUUUGGAACAACUGCUGCCCCGACCGUAAGCCGUCCCCGCCACAAGAGCUGUCUCUCCCGGAGCGGAGGGCCAGCCUGUCCCCCACUUUCAAGAAUUACUCCGAGGAGAGAGCCCCCACCCCCAACUCUGAUGACGACGGAGCUCCGAUCGGGAAAAUUGUAUUUGAGGUCCAGGAGAAGGAUAAAACCAAUGGGGCUAAUAGUAAUCAUGCUAGUUUGAAUGAUAGUAAAGUGGACAGCCCGAACACAGAGUCCGACCCGAACCUAGAGUGCUUCGACAGAGUGCUCUGCCCGCGCAACAUCGUGCUCAUGGGCGAGUCGAGACGCAGAACGAGCGACGUCUGGGAGGCGCUGGCAGACGUCCUCGUCUUCAUGCUGCGGCACGAUUACUUGACGGAGGACUCGCUGACGGAGCAGUGCUUGGCUGUGUACAGGCAGGAUUGGCCGCAGAAUAUUCUAAAAAGCCUAUCCACCUGCAUGAAAUCGGUGGCAUCGAAGUGGAAAUCCUCUACGGGGAAGUUCACGCUCUUUUUAGAGUUCUUAGCGGAUUUCUGUGGUAAUAUGGACUUUGAACCGUUGGAGUAG